GAGCCAACACUUCCUCCAGCUUUGGCAACAUCCGGAUUCCAGUCGAGAUGGUCAUGGCGGAGGGUGCAGCUGUUAUGAGGAGGAAUCGACCAGGGACUAAAGAAAAGGACUUCUACAACUGGCCCGAUGAGUCAUUCGAGGAGAUGGACAGCACACUGGCUGUGCAGCAGUACAUCCAACAGAACAUCCGUACAGACUGCUCCAACAUGGACAAGAUCCUGGAGCCCCCAGAGGGCCAGGACGAAGGUGUCUGGAAGUACGAACACCUCAGGCAGUUCUGUUUGGAGCUGAAUGGACUUGCUGUGAAACUACAGGGAGAAUGCCACCCAGACACAUGCACCCAGAUGACGGCAACAGAGCAGUGGAUCUUCCUCUGUGCUGCACACAAGACUCCCAAAGAGUGUCCAGCCAUCGACUACACCAGACACACCCUGGACGGAGCCGCCUGCCUCCUCAACAGUAACAAGUACUUCCCUAGCAGAGUGAGCAUCAAAGAAUCCUCAGUAGGGAAACUGGGUUCAGUUUGUCGGCGGAUCUACAGGAUCUUCUCCCAUGCUUACUUCCACCAUCGUCAGAUCUUUGACAAGUAUGAGAACGAGACAUUCCUGUGCCAUCGGUUCACGCGCUCGUGA